AUGCCGUCGAGGGAAGUCCAUAUCGUGGCCAUCCUCAGGCCAAAGCCCGGGAAGCAGGACGAGGUAGCCAAAAUUCUGGCAGAGACCGCCGAGAAGGUCAAAGCCAACGAGCCUGGAGCCCUUACGUACUAUGGCCUGAAUGUGAGAAAGUCGAACGAGAUCAUCGUGGUCGAAAAGUACGCCAAUAUGGAUGCAGUGAAAGUCCACGGCGGCUCAGAGCACUUCAAGGCCUGGUCCAGGGCGGUUGCACCGUUGCUCGAGGGUCCAGCGGAUGUGAAGCUUGCCAGCCAGGUCGGAGGAUUCGAAUCACGGUCGAAGCUGUAA